CCUUAAGAUAGGGCUGUGGAUGAUAUUAAAUCCACCAGCAUCGCCCUAAAUAUAGGCCUGGUUGACUUCCAGAGCCAUUGAUAAUAAACUGGAACAUCUACUGCACACGAAAAUACUAUGAUUUCUAAGCAACAUUGAGAUUAUAGGGGAUAAAACUUACAUUAAAGGGAACAUGUAAACAGUACCAACCGGGUCAAGUUUUCAUUUUGUUCGAGAAACGAGCGUCUUUCUAAUGAAGGCUUGUUUCUGAGAGCGAACAGCGUAAUUCUGUGGAAUAAAACACGUUUACUAAACUUGGCACCGGACAAGGACACCUCUCACAAAGGGACUUUUUUUCUUUUUCACCCGUCAGCUCGCUAGCUGCCGAGCGUUAGCUAGCUGGGCUAGCUAAACUGAGACGGAGGCGGCCGCACAAUGCUCCGAUAUCUGGGAUCUUUCUUCAUUCAGUGACUCAAACUAACUUCGCGGCUCCGGAGAACCGCUGCGGGGCUUUUCUGCGUGGAAUGAAGCGGCGCUGAGGGAGCACUGGACGGGAGCGGCCUGUGGUGUUUAUUUCGCCCUGUUUCUGCUUUGUAACACUUGUUUUUGGCAUUUGGAGUCGCUACUGUUUUCCUGUGAAUGAACCGCCGAGGCCCGGUCGCAGGGGAGGCACCGUGAGGGAUGCCUGGGUCGGACCGACACCAUGGGACCAAGAGGAAGCCGGACUUUAGCAUUGGCGGAGCCGCACAGCAGAGCCAGACCCCAGGCCCCACUCACAGCUACGCGGGAGUCAUGACGAGCAAAGAGGUACAGUUAAAACCUUCGAUGUCUUCUUCGUCGAAACGCAAGCGCCAUAAAUCUACUAAACACAAUCGCGAUUCCUCGGCGGCACCGGGACCCGAAGAUUUUACCCUCGGCGACACGGCGCCGCCUGGUGUCAACGCCGUGAAGCCUCUGGUGGAGUAUGAUGAUAUCAGCUCCGAUUCGGACACGUUCUCGGACCCGCCGUCCUCCAGGCCUUCCGAGAGAGGGGGCGGGGAACGGCUGGAGCUCUCCCCGGACUACGACAGGGACGAUAUUGGCAGAGAAGUGGGCAGCAGGGGGCACAGACACUCCCGGAAAAAGUCCAAGGAUCCCAAUAAAGUUAGAGACUCUGGGAAUGGGGAGCGGGGCUUCAAGAAGCGGAGCAGCAAAGACCCGGAGAAGGGGGCUUCCGGGAAGAGCAAGGACCGGACGGCGCUAUCGGGCUCCUCGUCCAAGCGCCAGGUGCAGCCGGAGGGCGACUCCAAACGCGGGGAGCUGAUGCUCACCUCCCAGGUGCAGCCGGCGGCCAGCGUGGGCAGCACCACCUCAUCCACCUCCUCCUCCCGCAGCAAGGAGAGCAGCCGCUCGGGGAAGUCCCGCAAAGACCGGCAGCAGCGCAGAGAGGGCCGGGGGGAGGGCAACCGCAGCUCCUCCCAGAGGAACCGAGCGGACCGGGGCCACCGCAAGUCCUCCAAGAGCCACAAGUCUUCUCCAAAGGGCAAGUCCUCAGGUAGGGGCAGCCCGAGACGGAAGGGCUCGGCUUUGUCGCCCAGCCCCAGGAGAGGGGCCGGCAGUGAGAGUCCACUGGGUGGAGGGUACGGCCAGCAGGGGGAUGACGGCUACUCCAGGCGGAGGACCGCCCAGCAGAGCCCCAGUCCUUACGGUGACAUGUCCCACCGCAGUAGGCAGAGGUCAGAGAGCCCCUACGGCAGCAGACACCGGUCCUCUAGCUUCGAGAGGGAUAGCAGCCCGUACUCCAGGAGACGCUCCAUCAGCCCCUAUGGUACCCGCAGGUCUUCCAGCACCAGCCCCAUGUCUCGACGCUCUGGACGCUCCAGGAGUCGCUCCCCGCUGCCCUACUCUUCCUCCCGCCGCUCCUCUUCUCGUUCCCGCAGUAAGAGACACACUUCUUCUGGUGUCACCGGCGGCAGCAGCCACAGCAGCCGACCGGCCAGCCGAUCGCCUCCUUCCUCCCGUCUGCCUCUAAACUCCAGCCUGGGAGCUGAGCUGAGCCGUAGGAAAAAGGAACGCCAGGCUGCCGAGGCGGCGGCUCGGGCUAGCGGCGGUGGCGGCAGCGCAUCACCUCCUCCCCCGGCGGCACGCAAACCCACCGGUGCUGCAACUUCACGACCGGCUAAAUCUGAGGUUCCACAGCUGGACAGAGACUCAGCAGCAGAACCUCAGCCGCCAUCAUUACCCCAGGACGCUGCCGGAACUGAAGAUCAGGCGACUCCGGUUCCACUUUCUUCCUCCGCUGCCUCUCCAGCUCCUCCUCCUCCUCAGCCGUCUCCUCCUGUGGCACCCAGUCCAGCCACCCAGGCUCCUCCACCACCUCCACCUCCACCACCUCAGGCAGAAAUAAAUCUUCAGCCUCCCACGGCCUCCAACGCAUCGCAGCCCAAAUCUCCAGCUUCGGUUCCUGCUCAGAGCCCCGUCCGACAGACUCCGAUGCACAAGACGUCAACGCUGCCCCUCCUGCCUUUACCACCUAUGCUGCUGGGAAACACUCAGGACAGUCCAAAGAAGUCCACCCCUCCUCAGAGGCCAUCUAGAAAGGACAAAGAAGUUCGCAGUCGGCCUUCUCUCAUCGACCUUCCUUUACCGCCCACCCUGCCUGGAGGCGACUCCUCACCGCCGCAAUCCCCCAUCCGUCAGCCACCUCCGUUACCCCAGACAACCCUAAAGAAGAGACCAAAGAUUUGUUGCCCUCGAUACGGUGAGCGCAAACACACCCAGAGCGACUGGGGCAAACGCUGUGUAGAUAAAUUCGAUAUAAUCGGCAUCAUAGGGGAAGGAACCUACGGCCAGGUGUAUAAGGCCAAGGACAAAGACACUGGUGAACUCGUGGCUUUGAAGAAAGUGCGUUUGGACAAUGAAAAGGAGGGUUUUCCCAUCACAGCCAUCAGAGAAAUCAAGAUCUUGCGGCAGCUCAAACAUCGCAGCGUUGUCAACAUGAAGGAAAUCGUCACCGACAAGCAGGAUGCGCUGGACUUCAAAAAGGAUAAAGGUGCUUUUUACCUGGUGUUUGAGUACAUGGAUCACGAUCUGAUGGGCCUGCUGGAGUCAGGCCUGGUCCAGUUCUCCCACGAACACAUCCGCAGCUUCAUGCGCCAGCUGAUGGAGGGUCUGGACUAUUGCCACAAGAACAACUUCCUGCACAGAGACAUCAAAUGCUCCAACAUACUGCUCAACAACAGAGGUCAGAUCAAGCUGGCAGACUUCGGCUUGGCCCGUCUUUACAACUCAGAGGAAAGUCGUCCUUACACUAAUAAAGUUAUCACACUAUGGUACCGACCUCCUGAACUUCUGCUGGGAGAGGAGAGAUAUUCUCCAGCCAUUGAUGUUUGGAGCUGCGGGUGUAUUCUUGGAGAGCUAUUUACCAAGAAGCCCAUCUUCCAGGCGAACCAGGAGCUUUUACAGCUGGAGCUCAUCAGCCGUCUGUGUGGGAGUCCCUGUCCUGCAGUCUGGCCUGACGUCAUUAAACUUCCCCUCUUCAACACCAUGAAACCCAAGAAGCAGUACAGACGGCGGCUACGGGAAGAGUUUGCCUUUUUACCGACUCCUGCCCUGGACCUGCUGGACCGAAUGUUGACCCUCGACCCUGCGCGACGCUGCACGUCGGAACAAGCCCUGUUUAGCGACUUCCUGUGUGACGUGGAGCCCAGCAGGAUGCCGCCGCCAGAUCUUCCUCACCAUCAGGACUGUCAUGAGCUGUGGAGUAAGAAGCGAAGGCGUGCACGUCAGAGUGGGCUGCCCGAGGAUGUGCCUGUGCCCAAAGUGCCCCGAAAAGACGCGACGGUAACCUCCAGCGGAGAGAACAGUCGGCCUCAAAGCAGCCCGACCGGAGCCCCUCCACCUCCCCCAGGAAAACCCCCUGCCGCCGUCAACCUAGAGAGUGAGUUGUCAGGUUUGGGAGCGGCAGCCGAGCAGCUGAACCAGACAGAGCUGGCGGUUCUUCUGAACCUCCUCCAGGGCCAGACGGACCUCAACAUGCCCCAGGUGGCCCAGCUCCUCAACCUCUCCAAUGCAGAGACUCUCAGCCAGCUGCUGACUGCUCUCAACGAGGCCUCCGACCACCAGGGGGCGUCGGAGGACCAAGCCCAGCCGGCCGCCAGCAGGCCCCAGCCCCCGGAGCCGCCCCCGGAGCCCCAGGAGCUCUCGCCGGCGUCCGGGGAGCCGUCGCUCAGCCAGGAGGACCAGGCCAACCUGCUGGCUCUCAUUCUGGGCCACAUCAUGAAGCCGCAAGCCGAGGAGCAAGACGACGAAAGCAACGGUGUUCAGUCAGAGGAGGCACUAACGCGCGGUUCGUCCGCUUCUACUACUGAUUGCAAGGAUGGUGCAGUGUCCAAAAAGAAGCAGCUGGGGUCCAACCAGGUGGCUCUGUCUGUAGACCAGCGUCCACCUUCUCCGCCCGGUCCUCCUCCGUCUGCCCUCCUCCUCGGAAACUCCCAGCAGGCCUCCUCGGAGACCCAGCCCAGCCAGGACAUCAGCCCCGCCGUGGCUGCCGCCCUGCUGCAGCUCAUCUCCCAGCAGGACUCUGACGCCGGGGCCUCGCAGCGCAGCAAAGACCCAUCUCCGGCGGUGGAUGCUCCGGCUCGAGGGCAGCCUCCUCCGCCCUGGGUGGCCGACUCUCCGCCCAAACCUCCGGCUGCAGCUGAGGCUCCCACCGCCGCCGCACAGUUCCCCAAAGACCAGGACCUCCGGUUUUCCCACGGAGCCGCCCGCUGAGAACAACAGACACCCGGGUGUCACGGGAUCCAGGCCUGCAGGGGGGAAGCAGAGGGACACCUUCAGAGUUUGUCUCACUGGACCAUGAGCAGGUAGUUGCAUCAAAGAUUUUGAAAAUGAAUGUCUGAUUGAAAGAGAUUUUUCAGGUACGGUCAGGAACAUCUCUGCCCUCUGAACAUGUUGUUAUGGUGGGAGAGUUUUAAACUAUCCACCUGCAGAAUCUUUCCUCUACACUGAAGGGAUUUGAAUGAAGUGUCGGCUUCAAAAGCAGCUCCUCGUUUUUUGUUUUUUUUUUUUCCCCAAAAUGAAAUGAUUGUCCACUGCAGUGCCCGUUUCUUUGGAGGAUGAAGGAGUUUCUCCUGUCCAAACCUCACAUUAGCUCCCGUGUUUCCAGCCUCGUGCCUCUGUCGUGACCCUUCAAUGAUCUCUGGGUCAAGUUUCUGUUUCGAAUGGCACCUGUAGGACUUUUUAUUUCACCAAAAGCUCUGAAAUUCAUCAACUAAACUCGACUGUGACUCAAAGCCUUGUGUCGUAACAAUCCUAAACCUGUCGUGCUCAUGCGACUGAUUACACCGCAACAUUUCUGCCAGACUGCUCCGUAACACACGCUACUCCGCUAUGUGAAAUAUAAAAGUAGAAUCACACAAACACUGACUUUUCCGGCUUCUCCUGGUGGGCCCUGAACGCCUUGUCUAAAAUGUCUCCCUCCUUUCGCCUUCCCCGCCAACUUUUGCAGCUUUUUUUUUUUUUUCUUUUUUUGGUGCGGUUAUUUUCUACAUAAAGAAAACAAGCUUAAAAAAAUGAUGGUCAGUUGUUCUGUUUCCAUUUUUUGCUUUGGAAAAAGAAAAACAAAGGGGAGGAGAAAAAGGUGUGUGUAAAACAAAGCAUUUUGUAAAAUGUGUUUUUCUUGGUUCAGUUGAUUAAAGGAAGUUAUGCGACCAGCUGAA